CUUGCUGGGGCCUUUGUCCCUGAUACGUCGUCGGACCACCAUCUUGGGAUCUGGAGCCGGCCUCUCAGGUUCCGGGGACUCUGUCGGUACCGGCACGGUUCUGCGCCGCGCAGCGAGGACGCGGGGUGUCCGGACUCCGCCAUGAUGUAAACUUGAAUUCUCCUGGGACAUCCUUGUGACACUAUUUUGAGAAGGCCCAAGGUGCUUUACUCCCUGCAGGCUGGAAACGGACACCGCAUGACCGGAGCAGAGUUCAUCUUUAGGUGGGUGCUGAGAUUCAGGCCAUGGACCAUAGCAGAAGCCUCGGUUCGAUGCCUCCCAGGUUCAUCUUGAUCAAGAGGCUCUAAUGCCACUUCUGUUUCCCGGUGACAUGCUGCUCCCCUGAGAACCACAGUGAGGACACUGGGUGCCCUGGAACCGGAAAUGGUGUUGGUGUCAUUUGAGGACGUGGCCGUGGACUUCACCCGGGAGGAGUGGCAGGACCUGGAUGCUGCUCAGAGAACACUCUACAGGGACGUGAUGCUGGAGACCUACAGCAGCCUGGUGUCCUUGGGGCGCUGCAUGACCAAACCUGAGUUGAUCUUCAACUUAGAGCACGGACUUGGGCCGUGGAGCACAGCAGAUGGCUCGGUCUGGAGCCUCUCAGGUGUCAACAAAAUGAGUAGCCUGGUUGAGACCGGCCAGAAAAAUGGAGACAGACAUUUCUGGCGAAUUGAAAUCAACAGCAAUGCAUCAAACGAGGAACUCAUUGAAGCAGAACUAAAGAUACAUGAGGAAAUCCACCAUGGAACAAAGUCCUUUGAAUGUGAAGUGUGUUUGGAAGCGUUGUACCUGAAGUCAGACUGUAGCAGAAAUCAGAGGUAUCACACGUGUGAGAAUCCGUACGAAUGUAAGGAGUGUAGACAAGCUUUCUAUCCUAAAUCUACCUUCAGUCAGUGUCAGAGGCUCGAGAGGGGCGAGAAGCCCCACGCUUGCAUGGAAUGUGGGAAGACCUUCUACUGCAAGUCCCACCUGACCGUCCACCAGAGGACACACACGGGCGAGAAGCCCUAUGAAUGUAAAGACUGCGGUAAAGCUUUCUACAGCAAGUCACAGCUCAACGUCCACCUGCGGAUUCAUACAGGGGAGAAACCGUAUGAAUGCAAAGACUGUAGAAAAGCCUUCUACCGCAACUCCGACCUGACCGUCCACCAGAGGACGCACACAGGCGAGAAGCCCUACGAAUGUAAAGUCUGCCAUAAAGCCUUCUACUGCAAUUCCCAGCUCACCGUCCACCACAGGACGCACACGGGUGAGAAGCCCUACGAAUGUCACGUGUGUACAAAAGCCUUCUACUGCAAGUCACAGCUCGCGGUCCACCACAGGACGCACACCGGCGAGAAGCCCUAUGAAUGUAAAGAGUGCAGGAAGGCCUUCCAGUGCCGGUCAGACCUCACUCGGCACUGGAGAACGCACACUGGCGAGAGGCCGUAUGAGUGUAACGAGUGCAGGAAGGCCUUCUAUCGCAAGUCAGACCUGACUGUCCAUCAGAGGACCCACACAGGCGAGAAGCCCUAUGCAUGUAAAGAAUGCAGGAAAGCCUUCUACUGCAAUUCCCAGCUGACUGUCCAUCAGAGAUAUCACACGGGUGAGAAGCCGUACGAAUGUCAGGACUGUGGGAAAGCCUUCCAGUGCAAGUAUGAGCUCACGCGACAUCAGAGAACACAUACAGGCGAGAAGCCGUACGUGUGCCUGGAAUGCAAGAAGGGUUUCUACACCAAGUCAGACCUCACUCGACAUCUGAAAACGCAUGCAGGUGACAAACCCUGAGUACGGAGGACGCAGUAAAGCCUGACACAGCCAGUCCGUCUCGAAGUGGCAUCAGAGAACACAUAUAAAAACUAGUGCCAUAAGAUUAGCCCUUAAUAUCAGAAUUCAUGCAGAUGCAAAAAUACCCAUGAAAACAAAGUAAGACAGCUCUCUGCUUUAUCUCAUCUCCAUGUGCAGACCAGUACAUUUAGGGAGCGUGAGCAAACUGUGUGGUCAGAGCUCAUGGGUCAUCAUGUAGCAUAUACAGGCGAACGGCCCUUUGGAUAUAAAAAACACUAGAACACUUUUUUAAACCAUAAAGUGCAUUCGAUGGGCAGAAAAGCUCAUACAGGUAGACCUUAUCAAUAUAUAUAUCACAGAAAACUUUGAUACCUAAGUCAGACCUCAGUCUACAUCAGAAACCUCAUAAAGAUGAAGUUGUGUACAGCAAAUGAUUUGGCCAGAUACGGGUGUUCAUCCUGACCCGUGUGGGUGGUCUUGGCAGAGACACAUAGGGACUUGAUCUGUGCCAGCAUAGCAAGACACCAGACCCAAAGAUGGGGAGAGCCAGGUGUGGUGGUGCACAUCUUUAAUCCUAGCACUCAGGAGGCAGUGUCAUGUGGACCGCUGAGUUUGAGGCUAACCUGGCCAACAUAGCGUGUUCUGGGCCAACUAGGGCUAUACAGUGAAAGUCUGCCACAAAAGUGAGAAAUCUUCAAUGUCAGUAGAUGCCACGUUGUUGUUAAACCAUAGGAAAGUAAAAGAUGUCAGAAACUUUAAUACUUGGAACUCAGCUGACAUCAGAACACAAGAAAAGGAUGGUAAAGCAUCAGCGUGUUUACAGGCGUGUAGGUGCCACAUUUCUCCUGGCCUUGCGUCAGUAUAGUAAUCUCAGUAUUUGUCUGCGUACACACGCUCUAGAAACCCCAUCACCACAGACGCUAGGGGCUGCACUCACACGGUAGCAAGCAUGGCAUCGGUUGUGAGAGUGGGAACAUGUCUGCAUUUUUAAAUGAGUUGAACUGGGAUGUGGCUCAGUCCCAGUGCCCUUGGGAAGCACAUGUGUUUCCUCUCCGUUUGUAUCUUGAAGGUUCUUACAAGUCACCCAGACUCUCAGCAUUCAUGCUCACCAAACAGUUUUUACAGAGUAUAAGCAGUUGUGAAGAGGUUGUAACAAAUCGAUCAUACCUUAUUUUGAGCAUCUUUUUUAGCCUGAGCUGUUCUCAUAUUCAUGGCAAUACUGCUUUGUGCUCUUGAGAGUUUGGAUUAGAGGAAUGGUCUUCCAUGCAACCAUAUAUUUCUUUAAUGUGUGAAAUUUUUCAGUAAAAUUUCAACAUUUUUAUACAUCAUAAAUUUGGGGGAGAAAAUUUCAGUUUAUGUAACUUGCAUGUUAAUUUCCAUAUGGAAUUGUUUGAAAUGAUAUUGGAAUUUAAGCAUUCAACUGUAUACUACCAAAUAAACACAAUGGUAUUUCCAGCCAGUGUA